AUGUAUAAGCAAAUACCAAGAAAAAUGGCUCCCGUUAAUACCAGAAUCUCUAGAUCUAAUGCUAGAAACAGCCUUACCCAGGUUGCAGCUGGUUGUGUAGAGCAACGCCCGGUCACAUCUGCUGUUACCCAAGAACAGCGCAUGGCAGAAAUGUCGAAUCACCUUGAUAACAUGGACAAGUUCUUCCAGCAGUUGCCACGUCUUCUGCUCCAUAAUUUUUCCAAAGGUCUUAAACAGAGACAAAGACUGCAACUCUGGUCUAACGACCACGCUGAGAUUGCCGAGAAUGAGGCAAGACAAAUAUGGAGCGUGGAUGAGCGGGCUGACUAUCCCGAUAGAGCUGCCAUUGUUGCCUACUUGCGGCAGUACUGCCAUCGCCGAGCCAAUACGGCGCCCAAUCAGCGCAUAGAUAAGAACCGGAAAUCAAGAAUCACCAGCCAGAUAAAAGAGGUUGUUACAAAACAGAUUCAUAACCGUCUUCAGGACAUUCACACCAGGUACCGGAAGGUGAUCGACAAGGAGAUGGGUCUCACGAUCAGGGAAAAUUCAAUUGCAUUUUUUGGUGCUAUCCAAAAAGCAGUAAUGUCAGAUGGCAAGUUUAACAAGUUCAUGGGCUUAAUCGAUGAAAGCAUGAGAACUGACAAUGCGGGAAAUGGGGUAGCAACGCCAAGAAUUCUCAGGCUCCAGCGAGGAGAAAAGAAUGUUGCUGUCCCAGGUCGGCUGAUUUUGCCACUGCCUUCAUGGGAAAUUAAACAAUUUUUUUAUACACACACACACGCGUUUUUACACUUGACUGAUACAUAA